AUGGAGCCCUCCGAAUUUUCAUCUAGCUCCUCCCCCUUCUUUUCUGCCAAUGAUCAUGUUGAGACCCUCAAUCUUUUUCCAAAUUGUGAGACCCCAAAUGCUCAUCUUGAACCUCUACCACUGAUAAGCUGCCUACUUCGUUCACCUGAGCAUCAGGUGCCUAAUUCCCAUGAUGAAAACCCUAAAGCAUGCAAUGAAGAUCAUAAAGAGGAUGAAGUCACUGUGGCCCUGCACAUUGGCCUUCCAGAAUAUUCAGAUGGCUCUGUGAACUAUUUGAAUGAGAAGGAAGAUGAAAACAAUGUGACAGCACAAAAAUAUUGGAUUCCAACUCCAGAACAAAUACUCAUUGGCUUCACUCAUUUUUCUUGCCAUGUCUGCUUCAAAACAUUUAACCGCUACAAUAAUCUGCAGGUACGGUUACAAGUUUUCUAA